AUGGAAUCUAUGCAAUGCGAGCUAUACCUAUAUACACCCAGCUUUCCUCUGGCAUUGGUGGCUAUCAUCAUCUUUUCGGUUUUGACGACAAUUCAUUUCCUCCGCAUGACUAGAGCCGGAACAUGGAGCGGUGUAUACUUUGUCUUUGGGGGUGUUGCGCAAACAUCGGGAUAUACAGCGCGCUUAUUUUCAACACAAAACCCAUGCAAUAAAGUCGCCUACGGCAUCCAAUCUGUUUUGCUACUAGUGGGUCCGACUUUGAUGAUGUUCUCCGUCAAUUUGGCCAUGAUUGAAUUUACUCGAGCACUGAAAGCGGAGAGAUUCUGUUGGGUUCCGGUCAACUUACAGCGGCCACUAUACCUCAGUAUGAACACUGUCUUGGCUCUCAUUCAAGGCAUUGGAGGUAUUAUGACUGCAUCAUCUACCAACGUCACGAUCAUCGCAGCCGGGACUAAAGUCGGAAUUGCAAUAUUCAUAAUCCAACUGGUAUUUUGGCUCUUUACCCUCGCAGAAAACACGUAUAUAACAAUACGUCUGCGCCGUGGGUCGUCAGAGACCAGUCAAUCGGCAUUCCCUACUUGGAAGUAUUGGAGCCAGCUUUUUGGACUUGCAGUUUCUAUCAUCGCAUUGGGUCGUAAUAUCAUGCGAUUGACUAUGGAUGGUGGAAUCGAAUUUCUUCUCGUCAACGAGUGGACAUCAUAUGCAUUUGAUGGCUAUCAAAUGGCGGUGGUUCUGGGGGUGUGGGCGAUCUGGUACUUACCAGGAAAGUGCCGAGAUGUAUCAGAAAUGACGCCUCAUAGUAUGAGCCUCUAUAGACUCCAUACCAGAGGCUCAGACGAGACAUGA